CCUCUAUACAUACCCUUCAUUUCCCUCUCUUUUUUCCUACAUUUUAUCUCUAGCUACUCUUACCUUAUCUCCUCCCAAAAAAAUGGCAACAAAAAAUGGAAAAAUGCUAAAAGAUUUCUUACAAGAUGUUAGCAAUAGUAAUUCAUCGAGCGGAUUCGAAAUCACGGCCGGGAAUCUUCCUAGGAGUCGCAGCCGAUCACGAGUUGCCGCCGAAGCGGCAUUUACUUCAUUCCAGAAGCUUCUUCAAGCUGUUAAGAGCUUCCAUUAUUCCUCCACUCCGUCAACGUUGCAAACGAGUGUUUCUAGAAGGUUGUUAGGAAGGUUGAAGAAAUCAAAUAAAUUAUCCGAUGAGGUGAGGAGUAGUAAGAUUGUUGUGGUCACGGUCAAAGUCAAAGAUAUCUUACGGUGGAAAUCGUUUCGGGACUUGGUUGUUGAUGAUCGUCAAAUCUCCGCGGAGGAAGAGGAAGAGGAAUCUCAGCCGUUGGAUUUCGUGGGCCCCGCCAACGACGCUCCUUCCACUAAUGAUAGUAGUAGUAAUAAUUUCAAUUUUACUGUUACCGAGGAGGAGUUACCGUGCUGUUUAGGUGAUUCCGAUGAUGAUGAGGGUAAAUUAUCGGACGUCGACGACGGCGACGUUGUUGUUACAUCGGAUUCUGAAGUGGGACCCAAUGAGGAGAAGCAUAACUUUGGAAGUGAAGAAGACAUAACAGAGCAACAAAGUCCAGUUUCAGUGCUUAAUUCUCCAUUUAGAGAUGAAGUCUCUGAUGAAGAGAUCCCCACAUCUUUCGAACAGAAAAUGGCUAAUAUGGAAAGAACAAAACAAAGGCUCCUCCAAAGCAUCCAAUGGUUCGAGAACUUGGCCGGGGUUCGAGAAGACGACGAUGAAUCAAUAGACGAGGAUGAACAAGAAGAAGAUGAUUACGAGCAACAAAAGGCAGCCAAUGAUGCAAGCGAAGCUAAGCGGAAAGCUUACUCGAGUAGAGGAUUUUGUUGGUUUAAAAGGGGGAAACAAAGUUUAGAGGAUAAAGAAGAGUGUGUUAGAGGCAUGGAGAAGUUAGGACAAUGGAACAAGUUUGAGGAAGAGAGAACAGAGUUAGGAGUGGAAUUGGAGGUUGAAAUGUUAAGUGAUUUGUUAGAUGAGGUUUUAAUUGAUUUUGAUGGAUGAGUUGUUAAUCAACAAAUAAAGUGUGUUACGAUCUAUGUUACCCAGACUAGGAUAUCUAUAUCGGACAUGAGUGCGUGUUCACAUGUAUACGACUAUAUUGUGAAAAAGUGCACGAUUUUGGUCUAAAAUGAAGUGUCCAAGUGUCCAUAUUCAUGUCCGAGUGUCGAAAAACCAGCACGAAUAUUUGAGGUAAAGUGAAAAGUUCGGGUAACAUAACUUACGAUCAAUUAGUUUGACUAUUACUUGUACAUUUAAAGGGAGGAAAAAGAAGAGGAUAUGCCUUUUUGUGACCAAUUUCUUAAUUAGUUUACUAGUUAGCUAGUAGCCUAGUAUGCAUAUAACUAGCCAACUAGGGCUUUGUAUCUAUAUGAUGAUAUCUAAGGUUAAAAGAGCUUUUUUUGAGUGGAAAAUAUACAUCAAUUUCACUCAUAAUUCUGUGUUA